AUGAGAACGUUCUUUUUGGCGUUAUGUAUUUAUUUAAUAUUGGUAUUUUGUUUUGCUAAAGGAAAUCCCACUUCAAGACGUUACCAAGAUGGAGUAAUAAUCGACAACAAAUUGUAUGUGUUUGCGGGACGACAAACAUCAAACCCACUAAUCUUAAAUCAGACAGCGGACAUGAAUGAACUUUGGAUACUAAACUUAAAUCAAUCGUUUGAUGUAUCUUCACCACCAUGGCUUCGUGGUCCUUCAACAAAUGCUCCAAGAGUUGCAUACCACACAGUCAAUGUUGGCGGCGCAGAGAACGAGCUACUAGUAAUCUACGGUGGUGAAACUCUAGAUUCAAUGGAAACGUCAUAUGCUGUAUUUGAUACCAAGUCACAAAAUUGGUCGACCCCUCUUUUCAAUACAAGCCAGAUAAAUCGAAGACAAAAACAUACAGGUGUCACGAACUUCAAUGAUUCUACGAUAAUUUUUUAUGGUGGAGCAAGUUUUUCGAAUCCUCCAGUAGGCAAUAACUUGUUUGUAGUAAAUACGAGCUCAAAUCCGUGGUCUAUAUAUAAUUUACCAGCCGGCCCUGAGUCUAGGGCAUUUCAUACUUCGACACUUUUAAGUGAUGGCAAGAUGUAUGUGAUAGGUGGUGUUACAGACCUCGCUAACAAUAAACUUGCAACAUUGGAUCUAAUUCUCGUAUUCGAUCUAAGGACAAGUCAAUGGAGUCAAGCGCCAGUGAAUGGCACCGUCGUUCCGCCGGGACGAUUCUUGCAUAAAGCAGUUGGCACGGGAGAUGAUAAAAUUAUAAUUUACGGAGGAACAACGGAUUUUGACUAUUUUACUGGUACUUUUAACGAUCUCUACGUCUUGGAUACGACGACUAAUCCAUACACUUGGACAAACAUAACAACAAAAGGAAUCAUUCCUAUUGCUCGAUCUUGUCACACAAUGGUUAUGGCGGGAACAAAUUUAAUUAUAACUUUUGGGAGACAUGCGGAUGAAUUGAAAGAUGGAUUUCCAAACAAUACGUUAGUGCUCGAUACCACAACGUAUACAUGGCAAACAACAUACACACCCAACAAACUAGAACUCACCACGCCUCCCAAACCUAACAUCUCAAACAAAACGAACACUAGUACAACUACGCCAUUACCAACUUUAGCUCCAAGCAGUGAGCAAAAUGGUGUCGGUGUGGACAGUGGCAAUGAAAAUGGCAACACAAAAAUAAUUAUAGGCGUUGUGAUUAGCAUAUCAAGUGUCAUUCUGAUUGGUGUUGGGUUAUUCUUUUUCAAACGACGACGUCAGGAUAAAAAUAAUGAAACUAAUAAUGAACUAGAUCACGUAUUAACGAUAGAAGAAACCACCGUUGGUCGUUGA